CAACAUAUUACACUGAAGUUUCAGCGCCUGAACGUUUCUACUUCCGUUUCACGUGACGCAAUGGUUGUGAACCCAUCCCUGACUGACAGUUCUUUCGUGUGCCAAACAGGCUCCUGUAACGCAUUUUCAUCGGGUGUCCCACAGACGCUUUGAUGAAGAUCAUCACCCUCAAAAGUGCGAUCCCCUCCUCAUGUUAAACAGAAGUCGGAGAUGUCGGACAUCAAACAGGAGGCGGAAUCAGUGAUCCCCAGCGUUAAAGAAGAAGAACUGGAAGAUGAAAUCACCACAUUUCCAUUGACGAUCAUUGUGAAGAGUGAAGAAGAUGAAGCUUCAAGCGAAGAGAGCAGAGCAGCAAAACUUUCUUGUGACAGCUCAUUUCAACACCUGACAACAAAAGGAGACGGACGAUCACAACCGGACAUCCUCUUAGCGCUGCUCUCAGACAGCGACAAUGUAACAUCACACUCUUCUGAUUUUAACACUGAUGAGGAGGAUGUUGACUUUGACCAAAAUGCUUCGGAGUCCUUAAAGAAGUCAUCCCUGGAAAGAGAGACACAAAUAUAUGCAGAAGGGAAACCUUUUGCCUGCUCAAAUUGCGAUAAGAGAUUUUCUCGGAAGCAACAUUUAACAACCCACACCAAACGAUGCACUGGUGAAAAGCCUUUUCUCUGCACAUUUUGUGGUAAACGAUUCAAAGGGAAAGUAGAUUUAAUCAGGCACGCAAGAACACACACCGGAGAGAAACCUUUUGCCUGCACACUUUGUGAUAAAAUAUUUUCUCAGAAGAUUCAAUUAAAGAGACACACGCGUACACACACUGGAGAAAAGCCAUUUGUAUGCACACUAUGUGCUAAAAGAUUCAUCGACCAGGGAAAUUUAAUUAAACACACAAGAUUACACACUCGAGAGGAGCCUUUCGCCUGCUCAUUUUGCGAGAAAAGAUUUUGUCGGAAGCAUCAGUUGACAAGACACGCGCUUACACACACGGGAGAAAAGCCUUUUAUCUGCACACAUUGUGGUAAAAAAUUCAUCGACAAGGGUAAUUUAAACAGUCAUGCAAAAACACACACUGGAGAGAAACCUUUCGCUUGCUCAUUUUGCGAUAAAAGAUUUGUCGACAAGGGAAAUUUAAAAAUUCACACAAGAACACACACUGGAGAGAAGCCUUUUGCCUGCUCAUUUUGCGAUAAAAGAUUUUGUAUGAAGCAACAGUUAACAAGACACGCAGGAAGCCACACUGGGGGAAAACUUUCAAUUGCACUGUGUGACAAAAUAUUCUGAUUCCUGCCACCCAUUUACAAUGGAAAAAGCAUUUCAAUUUCCUAAUUUAAUUUCUCUUGAGCCUCUUUUGAAAAACAUGUUAAAUGAUUUUGCAGGUCCUGUUCCAUUACUUGAUACAUUUGCUAUUAUACUGCUUUUGUCCCUUGGCAUCCACAGAAGUGACAACCUCUGACGGAUAUGGUUAGUCUUUCCUAAGGUGCUGAAGAGGCUGUUGGGGUGUUGUGCAGGAGUGGCGUGAGACUUUGCUUGGGCAAGCAGAUAUUGUGGGACUGUGGGAGGUGGUUCCUUAACUGUCAUUGGACUGUCCGUCAUCAUCAGCCUCCAGAGCAGCUGAUGACGGGUGUAGCUCCUCAGGCAUCUUGUGUAGCGCCAUCCUGGAAUGGGCCCGUGCAUUGUAUUCUGAAGGGAAAUAACAUUUAAUAACCAGUACUAAUAUUUAAAAAAGAAUAAAACUAUAAAAUGUAUUUGUUGCAAGGAUGUUGAGACUGUUUCUCUAAGCACAGGGACCUUUUUGACAAGAGACCACUUGGAACUCGUAAUGGAGAUCAGGAGGGAAAAAGGCAGCAUAGGUCAUCAGGCCAUAGGGAGGCCAUUCGCUUUUAAAACUCUCAAAGACCAGAGGACAACAAAGGGCAUCAGUCUUCAGGUCGGAGGACAACGUGUGGGCGCCCAGCAGUCCGCCAACAUCGACAGCAAAUGUCUUAGAUUAUCUUUCUUCACAUGUGACAAUUAUGACCGGUAUUUCCAUGGACAUAUGACCAAUCACAUGAACCUCAGUGCUAGACAAGCUGGAAACACUUUGUCACUAUACACCUGUCUUUUCUUGGGUUAGGACAGGAGUAGCUCUCUGACCCAGCAUGCUGUGUAUACUACUCUGUCAGUAAUUUAGGGCAAUAAAAUGUUGACUUUGAACACGUCGUUGUUAUUGGAGUCCUUUUACGAAAACGAACACAUGUGGAACAUUGAGGAUUA